AUGAAGUUUUCACUCCUUGUCACAGGGGCUAUUCUGCUUUUUAGGGGCUAUUGUACCAAAACCCCAGGGGUUCAACGGCGACAUCAUCGAAGCACUUGUCAAGUGGAAUCUCUCUCAUUCUUGUCCUACAAGAACAAACUUCUCGCCGGUGGCUGGCGGUUUCUCACUUACUUCGGUCGCGACAGCAUGAUUUCCAUGUUGCUGAUGGAGAAGAUUCUCAGCACAGGAGCCGGUGGAACAUUCGAAGCCGGUAUUGGUGCUGUUCUAGAGCGCAUCAAUCGGACAGAUGGAAGCGCUGCACACGAAGAAGGCAUCGGUGACUUUGCAACAUGGUUUAACCUACAGAGAAACAUCAGUUCGACAGCGCCGUCUUAUGAUUACCACAUGAUCGACACGGACUACUUCCUCCCUGUUCUUUUGAGGGACUACUUCAUCAACAACUCCGAUGGUCGGGAGCGCGUAGCCACCUUCAUGUCUACCGAAGCUACAAUCGACCCGGAUAAUGCUGGCCUCACAUACCACGAUCUAGCUUUGGUCAACGCCGAAAAGAUUAUGAAUGCAACAGCUGCCUUUGCUGGCCCUGGUGGGCAGAUACGGAAAAAUCUAAUUCAUCUCAAAGAGGGCGAAAUCACGGGCGAAUGGCGCGACAGCACUUACGGCCUUGGCGGCGGUCGCAUACCGUACAAUGUUAACACUGCCAUCGCACCGGCUGGCCUUCGGGCCAUUGCUGCUCUUUCCGAAGCUUCAUUUUUUCCAGAACACCCUGAGUGGGCUGAGAAGGCCGCAGCGGCAGCUCAGAUCUGGGAAGAUGAGACCCUGCGCUUCUUCGAGGUUAUUAUUGAGCAAGAUGAAGCCCGCGCGUUGCUCAACGACUAUGUCGACACGAAUAAGUUUUCCUUUCCUUCACAGGCCGACGGAAUAAACGCUUCAGUUACGUUCUAUGGCCUGGCUCUCGAGGGCAAUAACGACAUAGACUUGGUGCGCGUCAUGAAUUCCGACGACGGCUUCAGGCACUUUCUCCUCAACACCACAAAUCAGACACAACUCAGCGCCUACUUGUCUCAAACAGCUGACCACAUUCUUCAACCGUUCCCUGCAGGACUGACCACCAACAUUGGGCUCCUCGUUGCGAACCCUGCGUAUGGUGGAAAGCCAGUCUACUCAGCAAACUUCACUACCUCAGCUUAUCACGGAACAGUUGUCUGUGAAACGGAAUGA